UACUCAGUUCUGCGGAAAGCAAUGGCGGCGUUGAGAAAACCCAAACACGGCUGGCGUACAGAUUUGAAGCAAGACAAUACAUGUUUUUUAAAAUCCCCUGAUGUCGAGAAACUUCCCCCUCUUUUCUAUCGACCAGAACUUGCUCCCGUCCCAAAUUCCCCACCUUGUUGGUUUAGAACAAGAACCCUAUCCAUAAUUUGAGCCUUGAGCCUGUCUGUCCUGUUCUCUGGUGGAGUGCAAGGCGGGCGCCCAGGAGCUCUGCAACUCUUCAGAGCUAUGAGAUGGGCUGGGAGAGCCGCCCUAGGAGAAGGGGCACCUAGCGCCUCGGGCUUCUCCGUAACUCUGAGGAACUCAGAGCACAGCUCACACCGCAAAUGGACUAUAACAGUGUUCCUCACCCCGAGACCUCCCGGCUCUCCUCCUCAGGGCCAGAGCUUCUGCUCAGCUCCGACUGAGAAAGUACACCCGGAGCUCUAGGACAGUUGUAGACCUAGUAGACCGCGGUGCAGGAAGGAAAGGAGGAUUGGCAGGCAGACGCCACCAGAGGGCGCCUGGAAUCCGUCUGAGGCCUGGGGGGCGGAGCGGGGAGAGGCGGGGCCUUGGGAGCAGAGGCGCGGAGGGGGAGGGGCUGAAGGAGGCCCGGCCCAGGGAAGGUGGAGAGACAGGCGUGUAAGCGGAGCCUACGGUGGACGAGGCUGAAACCUGUAAAAGGCGGCGCAGCUCUAGGCAAAGAGGGAGAGGCUGGGUGCGGAGCCUGAGGCCGGGGCGGGGUCUGAGGCUGGAGCGGACCUGAGGCCGGGGCGGGGUCUGAGGCUGGAGGCGGAGCCUGAGGUUGAAGGCGCUAAGACCCCAGGGCCGGGGGUGGGACGAGGGCGGAGAAGCCUGCUGUCCCACCUUCCCCUUUGCCGCCAAGCCCUCUCCCCUCACUUCCGGCCCCCCGCUUCCGAUCCUGGUGGCCCGGGACCUCCUGAGGGGCGUCCUAACACCCCGAGGGAGCUUCCCGCUGCUCCUCGGCCCGCGCUCCGGGCGCCCCACCCUCAGGAUGUGUUACCUAGGUGCGCGGUCACCGCCGCCGUCACAGGCAGCCUCAACACCGCCCCCGGCCAGCCCCAGUCCCUCCGGCCUUCUUCCCCCGCACCUGCCAGCACGCUCCCGGGGCCCGCAGGUGCGGAAGACCGCGAAAUUCCACGCCCCGCGGACACCCGCCAGCUCCAGUGACAAGAAGGGGAGGCGCGGUCGGGCGGAGCUCCCGGGCAGAUGUUUCAGACUGCCUAAAUUUAUGCGAGAAGCAUGGAGGUAAUUCACGGCAGGGGCUACUGCUGCAGGGAUCUUGAAGGAGCUGACAUCCUGUCAGACACCUUUUACUCUAAUCAGCUGCACACCCCGCUCGAAAUAACUACUCGCCCAACCGCUUCAGAAGACAGGUAUCAGGAGCUGCGGGAAUCAUGGCCACAAUGCAGGCUUCCAUGGGGUGCUGAAAGGGAAUAUGGUGGCAUUAUUCCAGUUGCUCUUCCUGAAGAACACAGGCCAAAAUGUGAGCCUCCCCGUGUCAUGGGCAAAGGACAUCAGCAUUAUGGAUUUGGAGGAGACAUCUGGCCAAAAAACCUUCCUAUUGAGCAGUUCUACUAUCUGACACAGAACAAGAAGAGUGAUGUCUAUGGAAACGACUCUUUGUUACCCAAACCACCUAAUUCAACAGUAGGAGAAAUCUGCUCACCAUAUCCAAUUGAACAUCCCUACCAUACACACACAAGCCGCGGCGCCAUGUUCCCGACCUUCACCUCACCUAAGGACCUCUACACUGGCAUUAAAGCCUGCGCGCAGCAGCCUUUCCCUCCUACAGUGCCAACCAAGGCCUAUGACACGACCGUUUUGAAGACAAGAGGUAACCCUUACAGAUACGAACUGCUUGAUUUCCCCAUGGAUUCAAAGAAAAAAGCACUGAGUUGGCCAGGUCAGGGUGUAUAUUAUGAUUUUCCUAAAUGUGUUGAGAAAAACAAGCCAGUGUUCUACCCCAAACCUCCUAAAACCUUUGCUCCUAACACAUCUUUGAAUCCAUGGGAUGCUGUGAACUCUGCAAAGGAAGCCAAUAUACAAAGAAAUCUUGAGAAAUCCCACUGGAUCACUUCAUACGCUCAUGACUUUACAGGUCUAGGGCCCAUGAGCCCCCUUGAGCUGGAUGAUUACCAUGAAAAAGAGGUAGCAGAGCUAACUGGACAGAUAGGAUUUGACCCACAGCCUCAAGAAAAAUUCCAUCCUGCCUUAAAACCUCCCAGGCCUUUGGAAGGUCGAAUUGCCCGACUUAUUCAGAACCAGCGACCUCUGGAGGCUAUGGUGCAGCAAGGACCACCUUCCUGUCCAGAUUGUACCCCUAGGGUUUUGUGUGCUUUUCAUACAUUCAUACCCAGUACUACAGAAGUGAUGGCAAUGAAUGAUAACCUCCUCCCUGGAAUUACUCGUAAAAACCAGGAUAUUGAAGAGAAGAUUAAGAAAGAACAAGGCUUGAUGUCUACCUAUACACUCCCAACUCGUUGUCCAAGAAAAGAGAUGAGUAGUCUUUUUGACCUAACAUCACUUCCAAAGAUCACAGACACUAAAAAGACAGAUGAUUUGUACUGGAGACAGUUGGAAGUGAAACCCCUACCCGUAUCCUACUCUAAGUCAAACCAUUACAUUGACUACGAACCACUUAAAUCUGCUUUCCGUGAUCCAUAUGCUACUUGUCAGAACCCUGUUCGCCUCAGUAAGUCUAAUAUUCUAUAUAACAAAACAGAUAUGGAUGAUUUCGCUUUUGACAACCUUAUAAGUAAGCCAGAGUUUUUGGGCAUGGACAUGGAAAGCAAUGAAGAAACAAGACCUAUUUUGGGAUGGAUUCCUAACGCUGGAGUACCCAACCCUCAGACCAACCUACUUGAUCUCAGGAACUCAUUUUCAAAGUCCAUGGCACAGAAGCAUUUCCAUGACUCCAUCCAAGAAGAACAAAAAGAUCUCAGGGAUAAAAUAAACUGCGGGAUGAGACAUCAAUUCUAUGGCCACAAUGCCCAUUAUUUCUAUAACUGAGAUAUUGUCUCUUCAAGACCAAACCUCUUGCAAGAAAAUAAAAUAUGUCACAGAAUGCCCUGCAUUUGGCUGGAUUCUGUUUCUGUACUGAGCCAUGUUGACAUUAAUGAGCCUUGUGUAUUAAGAAAUUAAGUUAGGAUCUGGUCAGAGGGACCAAAAUAAUGUCCUGACUUCUCAAAACAUUUAACAGUUUGUCAACAAAAUAUCAGAGCCAGAAAAAAAUUAGUCUUUAGUCUCUCUCAUCUUCAAAUUAUACUCUGAAGAAGUUUCCCAAAAUCAGGAAAAUCAAUGUGUAGACAAAAUGUACAUCAUCAUUUUGCGAGAAAUGAAAAGUUGAAAAAAUUCAAAUAUUGAAGAUUUGACAGACAACUAUAGA